CUUAGUUAUUGCUGCCGCGCAUGCGCAGAUGCCCCCGGGGAGCGGGCCUGCCAGAAGCAAUAGCAACGAAGCCAUGGGGCCCCAGCUGGACUCUUCUCUGUGAUAUUAGUAAAUAAACAGAUCAGUGGUUUGAAGAAAGGCUGGAUCUUCUCUUGUUUUCAGUACCCAGUUAUGGUAUCUCUGAAAUAGCCUGCUAUACGGCUAAGGUUCAAAAAGUUCUUCUUGGCUUAAAAUGCCUGAAAUAAAAGUCACUCCCUUGGGGGCUGGCCAGGAUGUGGGCCGGAGCUGCAUCCUUGUGUCUAUUGCAGGGAAAAAUGUCAUGCUAGACUGCGGGAUGCACAUGGGCUAUAAUGAUGAUAGACGCUUUCCUGAUUUUUCAUACAUUACCCAGAAUGGAAGACUGACUGACUUUCUAGACUGUGUAAUCAUUAGCCACUUUCAUUUGGACCACUGUGGAGCUUUACCGUAUUUCAGCGAAAUGGUUGGCUACGAUGGACCGAUAUACAUGACGCACCCCACCAAGGCCAUCUGCCCCAUCCUGCUGGAGGAUUACAGGAAAAUUACUGUGGAUAAGAAAGGGGAGACCAACUUCUUCACUUCCCAAAUGAUUAAAGAUUGUAUGAAAAAAGUGGUAGCUGUCCACCUUCACCAGACAGUUCAGGUAGAUGAUGAGCUGGAAAUCAAGGCGUACUAUGCGGGCCACGUGCUGGGAGCAGCCAUGUUCCAGAUUAAAGUUGGUUCUGAGUCUGUGGUAUAUACUGGUGAUUAUAACAUGACACCAGACAGACACUUAGGAGCUGCCUGGAUUGAUAAGUGUCGUCCGGAUUUAUUAAUCAGCGAAUCCACCUAUGCCACAACUAUCAGAGACUCCAAACGCUGCAGAGAGAGGGACUUCCUGAAGAAGGUCCAUGAAAGUGUAGAGAGAGGAGGGAAGGUUCUUAUCCCGGUUUUUGCUCUGGGACGUGCCCAGGAACUCUGCAUCUUACUGGAAACUUUCUGGGAAAGAAUGAACUUGAAGGCCCCAAUUUACUUCUCCAUGGGACUGACUGAGAAGGCCAAUCACUACUACAAGCUCUUCAUCACAUGGACUAAUCAGAAGAUCCGGAAAACUUUUGUCCAGAGAAACAUGUUUGAAUUCAAACACAUCAAGGCGUUUGACAGGGCCUUUGCCGAUAACCCUGGGCCAAUGGUUGUAUUUGCAACCCCAGGUAUGCUUCAUGCUGGACAGUCCCUCCAGAUCUUCAGGAAAUGGGCAGGGAAUGAAAAGAACAUGGUCAUUAUGCCAGGUUACUGUGUGCAAGGAACUGUGGGCCAUAAGAUCCUGAGUGGGCAGCGGAAGCUAGAAAUGGAAGGAAGACAAAUACUGGAGGUGAAGAUGCAGGUAGAAUACAUGUCCUUUAGUGCCCAUGCUGAUGCCAAGGGAAUAAUGCAGCUGAUUCGCCAGGCUGAGCCACGCAAUGUUCUUCUGGUUCACGGGGAAGCAAAGAAGAUGGAGUUCCUGAAGCAGAAAAUUGAACAGGAAUUUUAUGUGAACUGUUACAUGCCGGCAAAUGGAGAAACCACUACAUUGUUCACCAGCCCCAAUAUACCAGUGGACAUUUCCCUUGGAUUGUUGAAGAGAGAGAGUGCCAUAGGGCUUGUACCGGAUUCCAAGAAGCCAAAGCUCAUGCAUGGCACAUUAAUCAUGAAGGAUAACAGCUUCCGCUUGGUCUCUCCAGAGCAGGCACUGAAGGAACUGGGUCUUGGGGAGCAUCAGCUGCGUUUUACUUGCCGUGUCCACAUUCAGGAUCCUCGCAAGGAGCAUGAGAUGGUGCUUCGAGUCUAUAAUCACCUUAAGGGAGUCCUGAAAGAUUAUUCUGUUCAGCAUUUACCUGAUGGAUCGAUCAUGGUGGAGUCCAUUCUGAUCCAAGCCACAGCACAGUCAGAGGACCAAGGAACCAAAGUUUUGCUAGUGUCCUGGACAUACCAGGAUGAAGAACUGGGCAGCUAUCUUACAUCCCUAUUGAAAAAGGGACUGCCUCAAACUACAGCUUGAGUGACGCAGCUGUGGGCGAAAAGGAAAACCACAAGACCCUGAAGUUUGCACCAACCAAGCCAUAAGACACCACAAAGCUUUAAAAGAGGUAAAGCAAAAGGCAGAGCGAGACGAUGUUAUAUAAGAAUAACUCCUGCUUCAGUCUCUCUGCCUAAAAUUUUUGCCACAAAAGAUGAACUGUGGCAUAACAUGCACAGCAAAACAGGCCAGCCUCCAGCACACCUAGGUACUCAACUGCCUGCAGCAUGGGCCUUUGCAAACAGAGUCCUCCUCAAGGAAGGCUGGUGUUUUGGGGCCAUUCACAAACCAGGCCAAUUAAUACACAAUAUGAUGUGGACUCUAUCAGACCUAGUCAUAAAAUAGGCAAAACUUGAGGUUUAAGUGUCACAAAAAAUGAUCCUGUUUAAUAAUAAUAAUAAUAAUAAUAAAAAAAAGGUAUCUGUGUGUUCACCACCACACUAUGCUCCUGUAUUGAUUCACGUGUGCUCUGUGCACUGAUAAGCCUGCUGACAGCCCCGCGCAUUAAUAACUAAUACAGUUGCAGCAAAAUGUCCGAUCAUCAAAAAAAUUAGCUAGCAUAAUUUGUUAGUCUCUAAGGUGCCACAAGUACUCCUCGUUCUUUUUGAUAAUACUUGAGAGUUUCUAUUGUUCUAGCAAAAAUUUUUUUAAACAAACAGAUCUUCUCUGGCUUUUGCAAAUGACCCCAAUUAAUAAAGGGUCAUUAUUACCUUUCUGCAGUUUUCCAUGUCUUGUCCACAACUCGGCUGCAAUUAU